AUGCGGUGGAAUACACAAAGUUUGGUUAACAAUGGUACUGUGAAAGUGCAAGAUGUGCCAACCUACUGUCUUACAAAGGUGGAGGAUAACGCUUUUUAUCCUACCAAUGAAGACGGAUUUUCAGGAAUUCUUAAUGUUGAGGACAAUAUAUGUGGGGGGGACGUCGAUACUUCUAUUUUGGAACUUAACUGGCCAUGUAAUAGAUCCAACACACCUUGUUCUCAGACAGAUUCUCACGGUCUGAGUGAUGUAAUAUCGACAAGGCUGGAUGGUGAAACAGAUGAAAGUAUUUGUGACCUGUUUCUAAACUGUGACUCACAAAGUGAAGCGGAAGUAACAGACAACAGUCAACUUCUCCCACCGUCUACCUUAAAGUAUCUAAAAUUUGAUCCCACUCCUGGUAAUUCCCAAAAUAAGAAGGAAAGACAGGAGAAACUGUCUAAGGUUGUGCCUAUUUCUCCGAACUGUACUACACCAUUCUUAGAAGGACAUCGAUAG